AUGGUCAUUCCAAAUUCUCAUCUCUCAUCGGGCUCACAACUUCCCCUCGCUCAGUCUGCAAACAUUAUGGUAACACCGAAGGGAACCAGACAACAGACGGUGUCUUCGCGACCUAUUGAGCGCGUUAAACGUGGCCGAAAACGACGAUAUAGGAGUGAAUCUGAUACUGCCUUAUCUGAUUCUCGUCGAGUGCGUGUGGAAGCUAACUCCAAUGGAAAGCCGUCCCCUACGGAAGGCACUGCCGCGCAUUCCUUUCAAAAAGAUACUCAUCUUCACAAGCCAGGCUUUAAGUACGGAGCUCCUAUCGACACCGAGACCUAUAACUCUAUCCAUAGAUCAGACAGCGAGCAGGCCCUCGUUGAUCGUGGUGCGAGUGUAAACUACGAAGAUAAACAUGGACCUAAUAUUCUUCGAGGCAGACUCAGCACGACUCCCACUGUAUUGUUAAACGACGAGCCGUCAAAUAGCCGCCACAAGCAAUAUCAACACUGGGACAGAUUAAAAAGCUUGAGCGUACAACCUGUGACACCAAGUGACGCCGCCUUCAUCACCGCAAUUAUUGACAGCGCGGCUGAACUUCAGGACUUCUUUCAAGCACCUGCGGCCUGGGCCGUUGCGUGCGGAGUUCAGCCCGAUAAGCUGGUAAAUAUCGCGCUCAAGCCACUUGCCAACCGUUGCUGGCUCCUGACGGCCACUGUAUCACGAUGUGCUAGUGGCAUGGAUCUUUUAAGACGAGGUCGGACCCGGAGUAGAGAAAGAUGGUCACCCGAUCCAGACACGAGUAGCGACUUUUGCUCAAGCGAAGGUGAAAGCGAUUCUCGGCCAACGAAGCGAGGCCAGUGGACGAGUGAAGAGAAUGACAAGUUGACAAAAUCGAGGCGACUCGGUGAAGCGUGGUCCUGGACUUUCGAGAAACUCCCUGAACGAUCCGAAGCCGCCGUGCGAUCACGGUGGUUCGUGGUGCCAGCACCACGAAUGGAAGUGACCAAGACAAGGCCAGUCUAGAGUGUUCUCUUCCGAGGCGGCUUACAAUUAUUUUAAACUGCAGAAUUUACUCGAGAUCAC